AUGGCUUGGUCUGGUGGUAAGGAUAUAGUGGAUCAGAUAUUUGAUGCUGGGUAUUGGCUCGUCUCGAAAAGCGCUGUCUUGAGCGAUGAGAUCAAGAACCACGUCGAAAAAUCAAUUGAAUCCAUAUCUGGAAAGAUAUCCAACAAGGAGACUCCUCGACUACAGGAAAACGACAGUAACAGAUCUAAAGUAUAUAAAACUUUGAGGAUCGGGCUCCAGGAUCAUUGGAAGCUAGGCUUGGGAAUUUCUGCCACCUCCCUGUGCUUAUACCUUGGGUAUAGGACCUUUUUUAAACUGCCACCUAAUUUACCUGAAGCAGAAUCUCAAGUGGUAUUAAUACUGGGCGAUAUGAAUGAUCCUAUCAUAAGGAAUCAAGUGAUGGAUUUAUAUCGCAGACGGUUUACAGUAUAUAUUUGUACUGAAAAUGCAGACGUCUAUAAGAAGCACGAAGAAGAUCAGGAUUUCAUAUAUUACAUUGAUCCCACCUGCGAAAAAGACUUCGAGGGUUUUUUUGUUGAUGUACCAAGGCUAGCAUCCAUAUUGUUUAUGCCAAGGUUAUCAUAUCAUCCAUCCGGAGUAAUUUCAUGUGACUCAUUGGAAUCUGAAAUUCAUUCAAGUAUAUUUGUGUAUUAUCAAGCAUUAUUAAGCAUUAUACCCCAUUUGAAGAGAAAAACCCAACUAAUUAUGUUCAAUCCAUCUUUGACUGCGGACCUGAACUUAGUCCAUCAUAGUACAGAAAUUAUAACGUCUGGAAUAAUCGACUCACUAUUUAAAAUUUUCAAGGAAUAUCAAAGGUUAAAUGUUUCCACAAUCAAGCUUGGAAUCCUGCAGAUUGGGUCACAACCAUCGAACUAUAAAUUUUUGAGAAUGGCCGGUUCAGACAUUCACGAGGCCCUACAUUAUCCAGUUUACAAAAUGAUAAUGAGUGCGAAUGGGUAUAAACUAAGACAACUGCUAAGUUGGUUAACGACUUUGGGAGGUUACAAUAGUGUGUAUUAUUGCGGCCGUUUUAGUUAUUUAGUCUCAUGGCCAUUUGCUUCACUUAUAUUCAACCAUCACACACGUCUUUCCCUGAAACGCUUGAGAGGAAGAUUAGCCAAGGUAUAUAGCAGCAUUAUUUCGUUUUUUUGCCGGUCAUCUUCUAAAUCAUCCAAAUAA